AUGCAUCUUCUUCUAUCCUUUCUCCUCCUCUUUUCCCUGAGCUACACUGUCCUGUCUAUACCCACAAUCUCUCGGCCCCGACGAGAAGGCCGGUCCUUCCGGGUCGAGCAAGUCAAACGCAGCGACUAUGUGGCCCACGGACCCGCAGCUCUGCGCAACGCAUACCGCAAAUACGGCAUUGCGCUGACCGACUUCAACGGGGUCGAUCUGGAGGAUUUCGAGCCGCUUGAGGUGAAACAUUCUAGCGCCGUGGCGGGUGAUCAAGACACGGCGCCGGGGUCAGAUCAGACCGGUGCUGUGAGUGCGACCUCCGUGCAGAGCGAUGUGGAAUUCGUGUCGCCGGUGGUGGUUGGCGGACAGAAUGUGUCGCUGAUAUUUGAUACUGGGUCUGCGGAUAUGUGGGUGAUGAACACGAAACUCCCGGAAUCCCUCCUACAUGGCCACACAGCCUUCGACCCCAAGAAAUCCCGCACAUUCCACGACGUCGAAGGCGGCGAGUUCAACAUCUCGUACGGCGACUCAUCGUACGCCUACGGCGGCGUUGGCAAAGACACCGUCUCAAUCGGAGGCGCCACAGUCGCCGAGCAGACCUUCGGCCUACCCACCAGCGUCUCGGAAUCCUUCACCGAAGACACCGCCUCGAACGGGCUGGUAGGACUGGGCUUCUCCUCGAUCAACACCAUGCAGCCCGGCCCGCAGAAGACCUUCUUCGACAACGUCGCCGCCAGCCUCGACGAGCCCGUGCUGACCGCGCGGCUGCGCAGCGACGGUGUCGGCGAGUACGAGUUCGGGAGGGUUGAUCAGAGAAAGUACUCCGGCUCGCUGGUUAACAUCUCUGUCGAUGCCUCCAAUGGCUUCUGGCAGUUUGAUGCGGGCCAGUUUGCGGUGGGCGAUGGGCCGCUGCGCAAGGUUACGGGGCGCUCGAUUGCUAUUGCUGAUACGGGCACGUCGCUUAUGCUGGCGAGCUCGGAUCUUGUUCAGGCGUACUAUCGGGAGGUUGGUGGUGCUUUGUAUGCCGGCAGUGUCGGCGGCUAUAUCUAUCCGUGCAAAACGGAUCUGCCCAACUUGUCUGUGGCGCUGGGGAAUAAGUUCAAGGCGACUAUCCCCGGGUCGUUUAUCCAUUUUGCAGAGGUGGGCAAGAAUAAGACGACUGGUGAACAGUUGUGCUUUGGGGGCGUCCAGUCGAACGAAGGUAGCGAUAUGCAGAUCUUUGGCGAUGUGUUCCUCAAGUCCUUGUUCGUGGUGUUUGAUCAACGAGGACCGUCGCUUGGAUUUGCAUCUCCGACAUAG